CUUAAAACUCAAUCUAUUUUUUCUAAUUGGUUAAACUAAGAUUGUUUAUAGACCUUUUUUACCUCUUUUGGCAACGGCAACCAAGCAACGGUCGCUGUUUGAAAUUUCAAAUGCUUUGUUUUCAAACAGAAAACAACCCGGCUUAAAACAUUCAAAGCAAUUGGCAUAAAACCGACACAACCCACCUUAUAUGUUACAUUCCAAUUCAUAUAUUUUAAUAUAAUAACCGGAAAAUGGGAGAUGGUCAGGAGCCCUGCAGGCAACUGCUUCCGCGCGCGAUCUUCGGGAUCAACGGAAAAGUGGAGAACGGAGUUCGUCAGCAUCCGGUCACGGGAUCCAUUAUCUUUGCACUUGGCAAUAAAAUAGGUAUCGCUGACUACAAGAAGAACACCCAGGAGUUUGUGGCCGGACAUACAAACACCAUAUCAUGUCUGGAUCUGAGCAAGAGUGGAAAAUACAUGGCCUCGGGUCAGAUAAAUCAUAUGGGAUUCCGGGGCUAUGUGAUCAUCUGGGAUUAUGAUCAGCGCAAGGAGAUCGCCCGGCACGAUCUUCACAAGGUCUCGGUGCAGGCCAUAUGCUUCACUGCCGAGGAUCGCUGUGUGGUGUCCAUCGGAGGUGUGGAUGAUGGAUCCGUUAUUGUGUUCGAUAUGGAGGCAUUUUCCCCCAUUUGCCAAACACCCGCAUCGAGGGCUAUAUCCGGAAACGCCUUGACAGUUCGGCCUAUGCACAACAAUCCAUACUUUUUUGUGACCGCCGGAGAUCGUCAUCUUCGCCUGUGGAGCAUCCUGCGGGAAGAGAAGAAACUUUAUGUACAAGAUGUUCUGAUGGCCAGCAAGUCACGUGUUUUUUACUGCGCCCGCAUUGAUAAGAGCGAUGAGUUUGCCUAUUUGGGCACUGGAACUGGUGACAUUGUAAAGAUCGUACUCAACUGUUGUGAUCGCGAUCAUGUGAGCAAGCAAGGAUCCACCAGUUGCAUCCUGGGAGCCUUUGGCACUCACAAUCCACGAAAGCCAACUGGCAGAGAUUGCAAUCGCUAUGUGAAUGGUGUGCGUGCCUUGUAUGUCCUCGAGGGAGGACGUUUACUCAUCGGAGCUGGAAAUGGAGAUAUUGAGCUGGUGGAGGAGCGUACUGAUGUGCCGCUUAUAAACUUCAGGGAUUAUCCGGGUCCUACAUGGCCAUACCUACGCACUCUAAAGAAGACUCAUGUUUCAGGGAGAAUUUCAUCUUUCGUUCGUUCCAAACCAGAAAUGUUCUACAUAUGCACGGACACCAAUGAGAUCUAUGGACUGAAUAUCAAGACAUGGGUUCUUAAAUUGCUGAGAACAUGCCACACCAAGUCGGUCUACUGCAUCACUUUUCCAAAGAACUACGCUGGUGUUUUUGCCACUUCUGGCAAGGAGUGCAUUCGCAUCUGGUCUUCUGGACGCAAACAAGAGCUACUUCGCAUCAUGGUUUACAAUUUCAACUGCGCUUGUGUUCGUUUUACCCACGAUGGCACCAGUAUUGUCUCCGUUUGGAAUGAUGGAAUCAUUCGGGCCUUUACUCCCAUCACCGGAAGACUCAUCUAUGCUAUUCCAAAUGCGCAUAAUAAGGGUUGCAGUGCUUUGGCAGUGGCUUCUACUGGCCGCCUUAUUGUCACGGGUGGAAUCGAAGGACAAGUCAGGGUGUGGAAGAUCGAUCCUUAUCGCCAGGACCUCGUGGGCGUCCUAAAAGAUCAUUCAGGACCUAUAACCUCGCUGGACAUCAACUAUCUAGACACGGAAGUAAUCUCCGCCUGCACCGAUGGCUCUUGUGUGAUCUGGGAUAUAAAACGCAUGACUCGCAAGCAAGUGGUGACGGCCAACACUCAGUUCAUGUCCGCAUCCUACUUUCCCACAGGAGUGCAAGUAAUCACUUGUGGAUCGGAUGGCAGAAUCAUUUAUUGGAUGGUUUACAAUGGAGCCCUGAUCCGGGAACUAACUGCCUCCAAAAAGUCAUCGGUUAACUGCUUGGCCAUAAACGAAACUGGGGACUACUUCAUCAGCGUGGGCAGCGAUCUACAGGUGAAACUCUGGGACUACAACAGUGGUGCCGUGGUGGGAUUGGGCUCGGAGCACGCCUCCUCCGUGAUCAGUUGUGCCUACAGUCCCUGCAUGACCAUGUUCGUCACUGGCAGCACGGACGGAUCGCUAAUCAUCUGGGAUGUUCCUCGGGACUUCUGGGGCAGACCCAAUCCGCCGGAUGCAACCAGAUAUUCGUUGCCCAAGACGGCGUCCAAAUCCAAGCUGGCUGAUGUGCCGGCCAGAGUAAAUUCUGGGACCAAUUUGAAGACUCCCAAAGGGGAGAACAUUGACGGAUUGCUGAAGGCCACUCCCAAGGACGAUCUCUGCUGCGUGGAGUGCCCGCCGUGCGCCAAAAAGGACGCCAAAGCUGCUGAUCCGUACGCCGAGUGCGGGAUUGUUCCGGACGUAAGGAAGUGCUGAGCUUUAUUUGUUCAAGUUAGUUUUAUGUCGUAAAAUAAAUGCAGUUUAUCAUCUGUCA